CUCCGCCUCAAUUUCCACCAAUCACAGCAUCGAGAACUGCUACACCAUUUCAGGACAUUUUCAUGAUCCUUCCGAUGGAAUUUCAUCUUUUGCAGUAUUUUUAGUUCCUUCCAGGCAGUCAGAUCUGAAACAAAAAGGAUUACAGUGAUUGAGGAUAUUAUUUGUGAUUUUUAUCAACAAAAAGUAUUUAAUUGAAUUUUAAUGGAAAAUGGCAGUGUUUCAUGGUGAAAAUUGGGAAAAUGUCAAUGGACAUCCCGAAGCACCAUUUAUGCCAGAGGUUUCACCAUUUACACCAAUUUGGCCACAUCAAGAUGCUCCACCACCAAUUGUCUCUUACCCAGACCUGAUUGCCGGAUUUCCGUGCUCAGAUUUGGCUAUUUGGCCACGAUCUCAAGUCUCGGGACUUGUAGGGCAACGUCUGUCGCCACGAAGUGGCCAUCCAGCUCCCAAUGGACCAGUCAAGAAGACCCGACGGCGUGUGGCAUCCCUGGCACAGCGUCGAGCAGCUAAUAUUCGAGAAAGGAGAAGGAUGUUCAAUCUCAAUGAAGCUUUUGAUAAACUCAGAAGAAAGGUGCCAACAUUUGCUUAUGAGAAACGUUUGAGUAGGAUUGAAACCCUGAGACUGGCCAUCACAUACAUAAGCUUCAUGACAGAACUCCUCAAUGGAAGUCCUGCCGGUCAUGAAACUCGUUCUCCAGAAAUGUAUCCACCACACCUGACCCAUGCUCAUGCUCACGUGCAUCCACCACUCCAGAGGGACUAUCUGACGACCUACGGCGGUCACAGUGGCUAAAGGAGGGCAAGUUUGCAACGAGAAUGCAAAUUGGGUCACUUUCCCACCAUCAAUCAACUCCAUCAUAUAUCCAAUCAUUUCUUCAACCAUUGUAAUUUGUUUCAUCUGUUAAUAAAGUGAGU